AUGGCUUCCAACUAUUACAUCACAAAAGAGCUUGUCACUAUUCAUGAAAAACUUGUCCAGAGGGAUACCUUUCCUAGCUGGCUCCCUCACCAGCUGUGCCAGGAAGUUAUCUUCCACACAUUGCAGACACCUCCUAGACUGUUUUCUCUCUGCUGUGUUAUAUUUCCAGCAGACAUCUGGUUCUUUGAGUAUAUAUUGCUUUACAAAGAUGCGGUGAUGUUUCAGAUUGAGCAAGUUACAAAGCUUUGCUCGAAGAUUGCUUUGACAGAGCCAUGGGAUCCAUAUGAUAUUCCUGCCAAUUCAACUUAUGAAGAUCAGUACUACAUUGGGGGACCUGGAGAUGAAGUUAUGGUACAGGAAUGGUCUGACAGAAAACCAGCCAGGAAAUUGGAAUCCUGGGUCGGCAUUUACACUGUCAAAGACUGUUACCCAGUACAGGAAACCUACACCAAGAACUACAGCGUGACAACCUCCACUCGCUUCUUUGACAUCCAUCCGGGCAUUGCAGACCCCUCCAUCUUCACCCCACCCAGCACCUGCCAGACAGCCCAGCUGACGAGGAUGAAAGAUGAAUGCUGAUUAUGGACACUGGCUGCCCUAUGCAAACACAUAUUAGCCAAGAGGAUGGUUAUUAGUAGUCAGUUGUUGAUAUCUAAGCUGAUUUUUCAUGCUAAUUGUUGCUCUUUUUGCAAUUUGUAAGUUUUGAGAACAAACUUGAGAGAGAACAUAAGCAUAUAACUGAGUUAAAUAUAUAGAACUAAAGAUACCUUUGAUCACAUUAAUCUGCUCAGUGAUGAACUUGCAGUAUUAUAUAGUUACCAAUAAGAUAAUAUUUCUAGAUACUAUUUAUUUAAGGUUGAUUUUUCCUUUUGCAAAGAUUGCAUUUAUUUUUUCAAGAAGACAAAGCAUAAGCGGAUAGUAGCAAUGGUACUGUCUAGAAGAAAAAGCUAAAUUUUGUUGUCUUUUUAGUUGUCACUUCUGGAGACUUGAAGGGAAAGGUGACCUGUGUAAAACCUCAUCUCUAAGUAAAAGAUAAAAUUUUAAAUUAUAUGCAUCAAAAUUGUGUAAAUUUGUUCAUUUGGUUUUAUUUUGCUUUGUCUUCUGUUUUCAUUGGUUCGGUUGUUUGUUUUUUUUUUCUUCCUGCUCUUCAGGAAGCUGGUAGUCAAUUUUUGAGCUAGGUUCUUUCUGAAAAGAAACUGGCAUACUUACUUUUCAUGUAAUGCUUGCUGACAUGCAAAAAAAAUACUUUUCUGUUUCUUGGGAGAAUGGUGUGAAAAGAAAGGAAGGAGGGAGAGAUGCAUCUUCAAAAAGAAGUAAGCCGAAGUUUUUAUGCAUCUCCCUUUUGGAGAAGGCUUCCAGUAGGGUGUGAUGAGACAAUUUUCGGUCGCAUUUUAGUUCAGCACUCACUUUUCAAGGCAAUACUAGUUUUAACCUAUGCAAAGGGAUUAAACAGUACUGCACUCUAAACUGCUUUAAUGUUUUGUAACUACUUUCAACAGUCUUUAGUCAGGGUGUGGAAACACCGUUAUAGUUCCAGGGAGGUUUGAAAAAGGAAAAAAAGCUAUUCUUCAUGCAUAGUUAGUAAAGGCUGAAUCAGCAUUCACACAGUGCCUGGUGGUUGUGAUGGAGAGAAAGAGCUUGUGACCUGUGUAGAGAGGCGGGAGGGAGGAGUGGGAGACACAGGUUUUAGAUGUCCUCUGUGCAGUGUGGCAGUAAGACACAAAUUUAAGCAGACAUGACAAUCUUGCUUUCUUUUGCUCCCACUCCAUUGAUGCCUGCUUUAUUUGCUGUUUCAUCAGCAUCUCAAUCUUACUAUCUUCACACAACCAAAAAAGUGCAGGGAGUGCACAUAUUUUGCAUUAGAAAAUUCAAAUCAAGCCAUGUACCUUUGAGACUCUCAGAAGUGUGAGGAGUUUUACACUUUUACCAAAUUAGAUUAACUGAUUUAUUUUGUAAGGUAUGUAUUUUAUUUAUUACUUGAAAAUAAAUUUAAAGACAGAUUCUUGUCCUCUUACACAUGUUGAGUUGUUGUUUGCUCCAGAAGUCAUCUGGCUGUUAACAGAUGUAAACAUUGAGAAGUUUGGUGUCUCCAGAGGAGAGGUGCUGGGAAGGCUUUUAGUGCUUUAUAUACUCAUAGCUUUUUGUACAUAAGCAAAUGAGACAGUGGUUGUUUUUCUUUCACAGUCGUGGUCAGAAUGGCAUUUUACUUUGCCCCAUGCCUGAUGGAAUCAUAUAUAUAUAUACUGGUUAAAAUUUAUCUAGUUCAUUAAAAAUCUCUCUUGAAGACGGCCAUUUCACUGAAACAUGCUGAUGGAAAAAAGGAUUGGGUUUCCUUGAAUUUAGAGUGCCCUUAUUCUGUACCCACCUUCUGUAGUCAAGAAGGCAUAUGUAUCUUUUGUGCGACACUCUAAAUGCUAACUGCAUAUUGUUCUCAUUAGGACAAUGAUUAACAUGCAUUUCUUAAUAUGUAUCUUGUUAGAAUCUGGAAAACAGUCUGGCUAACAAGCAUGAAGUUGUGGUACUGAAUCGUUUGGGAUGGCCACACUGCGGUCAAGCAGAUAGCUGGGUAAUCAGGGUGCCUGUAUUAUGUUUUGCUGACAGUGAUAUAGUUUCUAGCAAUCAUAUUAAAUGCUCCUUUAAAUAUGAAUUUGAAACUUUGUAAAAGUCUGGUACACAAAAGUGCUUUAAAAAUUUUGCCCUGACAUGUAGGGCAAUUUUAUAUGUCUGAAUGUGUUCCUUCUAAAACAAUGUUUUCUUCAUAUUUGUGCUCUACAAAUUCAAUGAAGAGAGUUGUCCAAGAGAUAUCAAGCAGUACAAUUUAGGAUUAUGUAUUUUGAAUUAGCCACAAACCAAAUAUGAAGCACAACAUGCGUAUGCCUAGUUUGUUAUCUUUGUUACAUGCUUUGGUUUGUUGUUGUGUACCACAAGAGAUAUUAUGUCUUUAGGCAACUAAGCCAGUCACUCAAUGAGAAGGAGCAUAAAAGGAAUGUAAGAUAGUUAUAUAGUAUGCUGCCACAGUUGAAUAAAAAUGGGGGUUCAUAUGUCUGAUAGUCUGGGAAACUUGUUUAUCACAGUUAUUUGGUGAAAAAUUAAUAAUAAAUUGGUAUGUACAUGAGUUAUAUUGUAUUCUGUGCGGUCACAGCAACAGAACCUGGUA